UUUUAUAAUUUGUUUCGCAAAAUAUGCUUCCGGUAGCCAUCAAAGAAAAUUCGAGUUACACAUGUCAUAGAAAUGUCAAAGUCUAAGACUCAAUGGUUUGCUACUCCUAGAUUUCGCUGCUUCAUAUUCUCUCAGUUCCGCCAUUUUUCCAAGUCCAGACUGCCAGUUAUAACCACAGACCCAUUCAACCCCAAUGUCAGUGAAGUGAUCGAUGUUCGUUCACCAAACGAGUACAAAGAUGACCACAUUCCAGGGGCCGUAAAUCUUCCUGCACUGAGUGACUCUGAAAGAUGCGAGGUUGGGAAGUUGUAUUCAGAGGAUCCCUUCAAAGGACGCAUAUAUGGGGCUGAACUAGUCACGAAAAACAUCAGUCAAAUGAUUCAUGAAUAUCUGAUAAGGAAACCAAAAGAGUAUUCUCCCUUGAUCUACUGUUGGAGAGGAGGUCAAAGGUCAUACAGUGUGGCUGUGGUGAUGGCACAAAUAGGUUUUGAUGUGUAUGUUUUAGAGAAGGGAUACAAGACCUACAGACAGAGGGUUAAAGAUUGUUUAAACGAGCUACCUAGCAAGUUUACCUACAAGGUCAUAUCAGGUACUAUACAAAAGGAGAAUGCUUACAUCACUUGUUGUAUAAAAUACCUUGUAUCACAUAUGAUUAUUUUUCUAUUUUCUAUUCAAUUAGGUCCUACUGGAUCUGGAAAGACAUAUCUUUUAUCCAAGUUAUCUGCUCUUGAUGAACAAGUAUUGGAUCUAGAGGGCCUUGCUAAUCAUAAAGGAUCAGUUCUAGGAGAAGAGAUGAAUGGAACUCAACCAUCACAGAAAUGGUUUGAAUCCCAAAUAGUGGACAGACUUCAAUCUCUUAAUCCUGAGAGGGUAGUCUGGGUAGAAUCUGAAAGUGUUCGAAUAGGAAAUGUGCAUGUCCCUAGAGUUUUACACGCAGAGAUGGGAAAAUCACAGCAUUUCCGCAUCAAUCUUCCGAUGAAAGAAAGAGUACAACACAUAAUACAAGAUUACCCAGACUAUAUUGAAAACUUCCAGUUUACAAAACAAAAACUCUUAAAACUUAAAAAUUAUCACCAUAAUUCUAAACUUCAUGACUGGAUUUCACUGGGGGAGAGCGGGAAAUGGCCCCAAUUUGUGGAAGCUCUACUGAGAGAACAUUAUGAUCCCAGUUACAGUUUGUCACAGCGAAAAAACUUUAAAUCUCCCGCCACAGAAAUGUAUCUGAACAGUCUCAGCCAUGAGCAUGUGCAGUCAUUUCUUCAUCGUUUAAUUUCACAUCAAACAGUGGGUACUCCUCUCCAGGUCAGGGAUAAGACGUCUGCUUGAACACAUGACCUCGUUUGAUCAAUUCUUUUGCAAUGGCUGCAAUGUUUGUACAAUCGUCUAAAAUUAAAUGAAAAUACAACAAUAAAACAUAUUAUCAACAUU